AUGACACUAUUGGCGUUCAUCCACGGAUUGCCGAGUGUAUAUCGAGAGUCAGUGACUGUCGAUAUUAAGUUCUAUCGACACGGUGACCUUGCUACCUAUUGCCAGAGCAGUUCUAUUUCUUCUGAACUUCAGUCAAAAUGGUUCCAGCAGAUUUUGGAAGCUAUCGUUGUUAUCCAUUCUUUUAGCGUCAUUCACUCGGACUUGGCGCUACGGCAGUUUUUUGUCGACGAUAACCUUAAUCUACGUCUAGGAGAUUUUAAUUCUUCUCAGUGCGCUGGCCACCCAGGACUACGCUGCGGGAGGGCAUCACACUGCCUACCACGUGGUUAUGAACUUCCAAAUACCGAGUUUUCUGAUCUUUUUGCCUUAGGAUCUACCCUUUACGAAUUGGUCGCUGGCAAAGCUCUAUAUAGCGAGUUAAAUGUGGCUGAAUAUGAUGAUCGUGAAUCUAUAAUGGCGCAGAUCAAGCGACAACAUGAGGUGGUCGAUUCGAGAUCGAAGAACGAUAUAGAUGGCAGGAAUUCCCAGAUACUGCAGGCUAUAAAACAUGGUGAUAUUAUAUCAGGUUGUUGGAGAGGACGAUUUGCCACAGCAACGGAAGCGCUCGGCCUCUAUCUACGAUCAUGA